UAAAUUUUCAGUCAUGGAAGGUGCAACUGCAAGCUCAACCUCAUCAUUCAGUCUGUCUAUGACUGCAACAUCAACUCUGAUGCAUGGGGAUUUAGAGACUGUUACCGAAAAACAAGAACUAGAUACUUCCCAAAACAUUGAAACAAGGAUAUGUGUUGUCGGUCAGAAAUGCAGAGAGAACACCAUGCUGAAUUCAGCAUUGAAGAAAUUUCCUGUGAUUGUGCUACACUCUGUUACGGGUGAGGAGUUCGUUAAUGACUUGGACUACGACACUGUAUUUGUGUUGGAAGAAUUUGCUGGAAACACCUAUGAGAUGCUGCACAAAAAAAACAACAGACUGAUGGGUCCAAAUGUUUUCCUGGAAUGCGCUGAAAAGGAUGAGGAAUUACCGUACAACACACGCCCACUAUACUGCUUAGCGAUGUCAGGACUAGUUGUGUGUUUCACUGGUUUUAGGAAGAAGGAAGAUUUGACAAAGCUUGUGACUUUAAUACAUCACAUGGGUGGAAGCAUUCGCAAGGACUUUACGCAACGUGUCACCCACCUUGUUUCAAAUUCUACUAGUGGCGAGAAAUACAGAGUGGCUGUAAGUCUAGGAAAGCCAAUAAUGAGUGAGAAGUGGAUUGAGAAGACAUGGGAAGAGCGAAACAGAGUUGGUUGUCAUGCUACAGAAGAGCAUCUGAUGCAAUAUAAAGUACCUCCGUUCUUUGCAUGCAGUGUCAGCUUUCUCGGGUUUAGCGACGAGGAGCAAAAACACAUGGAGGAGAUUUUGGUGUCAAACGGGGGCCAAACUGUGCCACUUGGUUGCGCGACUGCAACACACUUGGUUGUGGAAGAGAGAAGUGUGAAGGAAAUUCCAGAUAAUUAUGCACAGAAAAUGCAUAUUAUUAGGGCAGAGUGGUUCUGGGCUAGCAUACAAAUCGAUGCAUGCGCUGCGGAAGAACUCUACUUUUACGAGCAAAGCAAGCUGCUUGAUACACUGGAGUCUGCGCGCAUGACUCCUGGUACACCAGUCUCUGGUGGCAGACAGAGAAAACGCAAGCGAUUGAAAGAGAAUCUUGCUCAGCUUGUUGCGGAUGAUCCACACUCACCGACGAAACCAGUUCCCACUAAGCGAAGAUCAGCAGAUUACAAUGCCAGACUUUCCAUGAGCGUUGGCUCCCUCUCAUUUCUGGAUGAAACCCCGGAGCACACUGCAGAUGUUGGAAUGCCAUCAAGCAAGCCAGCACCAAGCACCCCACACAUGCAGCCGUUGAUGACGAAGCGGCAGCAGGUUACCAUGGAACUGCUUGAAACAGAGACCAACUACGUCAACAUACUUGAGACGAUUAUAAAGUUGUUUAAGGAUCCAUUAGAUCAGCCAGACCAAGUAGGAGGACCGCUGUUAUCUCCGACAGAGAUAAAGCUGAUAUUUGGAAAUUUGCCCCCAAUAUAUGAAGUACAUCUAAAGAUGAAGGAGUCUUUGGCAGAAAAGAUGGCAUCAUGGGAUGACAACAAAAGCAUUGGCAACAUUAUCCUUCAAAAUGCUGAUGCACUAUUAAAAGCAUACCCGCCAUUUGUAAAUUUCUUCGAGAAGACAAAGGAGGCUUUGCAGAUAUGUGACCAUCAGAAUACAAGGUUCCAUGCCUUCCUAAAGAUUUGUCAGAGCAAGCCAGAGUGUGGGCGACAGAGUCUCAUGGAGCUGCUGAUUCGGCCUGUUCAGAGACUUCCGAGUAUCAUCUUGCUGCUCAACGAUUUGCUGAAACACACACCGAAGGUCAAUUGCGAUCACACGGCCCUCGAUAAGGCAAUAGAAGCCCUCAAGGAGGUGAUGAGACACAUUAAUGAAGAUAAGCGGAAGACUGAGGGCCAGGUUGUGAUGUUUGACAUUGUCAAUGACAUUGACAAUUGCCCUGCGGAUUUACUGUCCUCACAUCGACAGUUUGUCACCAAGGCUGACAUGGUGGAGUUGAAUGACAGCGUCGGUCACCGUGGCGACAACCUAACCAUGUUCCUCUUCAAUGAUAGGCUCGAGAUCUGUAAACGAAGGAUGAAGGUGAUAAAUUCAAUGAAGAGUCCAGUAGCUGCAGCCGCAGCUACCAUCAGCAGCUUGCAAAAGUGCUACAAACACGUCGAACUGAUCCACUUGUCGCACAUUCGCAGGGUGGUGGAUAUUCAACAGACGGAAGAUUGCAGGAACGUGUUUGCACUGGUCAUCAAAUCAGCAGCAGACAUGAAGGAAAGGCUGUUUGUGUUUACGUUGGUCAGUGAAGAUGUCCCAAAGACAACUGUCCUGCGACUCAUUUGUAGACACAUGGCGAACACCGUUUGCAGAACAGACGCGCAUGCUGAGACAAAAGCUGUUGGACUGGAGCAACACAUCAUCAAGUUUGCAACAAAAACAACUAAUAAGGUGGCGAGAGCGUUCUCAUUCAACAAGACACCAAGAAAACUGAAGCGAGCCAUGUCGACAAUGAUGUCCCCGUGGGGCAACGGCACUCCUUCCACCACCAUGCAAGUGGCCAGACUCGCCAGCUGUGAUAACUUGGCGUCACCUGGAGUGUCACAGCCAGUAUGUGAUACAGGCCAAACACCUAAGUGUUCAACUGGCAGCAAAGGCAGCAAGUUUAAAAGUUCAACUAUUGGACAUUCUGCUAUUAAGCGACUCUAAUGGCACACACACAUAUAUAUAUAUUCAUAAUUAUACAUGUAGUACUCGACUAGCAAGUCACUGGCAAUGCAAACGCGAUGGGAAACUUUGCUCGUAUACCAGAUCGCUGUUAAUAUAUGUGAAAAGAAUUUGCGGUUGUGUCGAUAUGAAGCCAGUGAUAAAAUGGUUUUUUGUCCAAUUGGGAAAAUUACGUUCUCAGCGUGUUGGCAUAAUUAUUAGUUAUAUAUAUGUAGCUGUUUCAAUGCAUUUUAUCAACAUUAAUUAUAAGCAUCGACUGUUGCAACAAAUCACACGGCACUGUUGCAGCUGUGUACGUAUUGGGUACUUUUUUUAUUUCUACGUCAAUCGCCCUAGUUAGGUAUUACAUGUACUAUCAGCUUCCGUGCCCCUGAAGUGUAUUUCUACUCUACAUGCUACAAUACAAUUUGACGGUGUAAGUCAAAAACUUCUGUGUUAUAUAUGGUCAUGGAAUAAUCAUGAUUUUGAAAAUGCUGAUUUGAACUUUUAAUAAUCUGUAAUCAUUUUCUUUGUUUAUAAUAAAAGCUUUGUUACAAAGCACCCGAA